AAUUACAGUCAGCGGUGAACCAAUGGUAGGAGCCGUUUCAUGCGCUCCGCAAGCAGGGAGAUCAAAAGUGUGGCUUGGCUGAUUGCUGCGCGGUGUCAAUUGGCCAAUCUCUCCUCCCGGGGAGAAAUCCGGGAGAAGGAGAAGGAGAAGGAGAAGAAGGAGGGAGCGUGGUGGUGGUGGGGGGCCCGAGAAAAGAGACUGCAAUCGUGGCUUCAGUUUGGGACCAGCCUUGGGUGGUGGGAGAAGCGUCUCUGGAUACCUCGCCGAGGAGGGGUCCCAUGAUGAGGGCCCGGCGGUGGUGGCCUUAAGAAAGCAAAGAAAAAAUCCAAGCACCACCGCCAGGGCUUGUUUGGUUGGGGGGGGGAGGCGGGCAGGCAAAACGAGAGCGCGGGCUGGGUCUGGAGCGAUGCAGCUGGAGCAUUGUCUGUCGCCUCCGUCGAUGAUGCUCUCCAAGAAAUUUCUCCAUGUGAGCGGCGGCGGCGGCGCUUACGCGUCGGGCGGAUCCGAGCUUGCCUUGCACGAGCAUCCUCACCAUCACCAUCCGCACCACCACCAUCCCGCCGCCGCCAUCCUGUCGUCGAGCGCUGACAACCUGGAGAGGAGUUCACCUCUGAAAAAACUCGCCAGGGGGGGGAUGACGAAUCAGGCCGAGGCAGACAAUUUCUCUGACUCCAAAGACCCGCCAGGGGACGCGCAACAGCAGCCACCGCCACAGCAGCCUCAGCCUCCGCAGCAGCAGCAGCGCGCCAAACUCUCGCCCGUCGUCUUGGACGGCGGCGGCGGCGCCGCGGAGCAGUUGCGCCCCUCCUUCGAUGGAGCGGCCGCGGCUGCGGCAGCGGCAGCAGCAGCAGCAGCAGCGGCAGCGGCGGCCGCGGCCGAUCGCUACCUGCUCUCGUCGCCCGCGGCCGCAGCUGCGUCCAGCGCGCCUCCGGCCGCCGCGUCGGCUCCCCCGACGGCCGCCAGCAUGUUCCCCUACCCGGGCCAGCACAACCCGCACGCGGCAGCCUUCUCCAUCGCCAGCCCCAGCCGAUACAUGGCGCACCACCCGGUCAUCGCCAACGGAGCCUACAACAGCCUGCUGUCCAACUCGGCCCCGCAGGGCUACCCGGCCGCCGGCUACCCUUACCCACAGCAGUACGGCCCCUCGUACCAGGGCUCUCCCUUCUAUCAGUUCCCUUCGGCGCAAGCCGGGCUUGUCCCGGGAAAGGCGCAGGUCUACCUAUGCAACAGGCCGCUCUGGCUGAAGUUCCACCGGCACCAGACCGAGAUGAUCAUAACCAAGCAAGGCAGGCGAAUGUUCCCUUUCUUAAGUUUUAACAUAUCUGGUCUGGAUCCCACGGCUCACUACAAUAUUUUUGUGGAUGUCAUCCUGGCCGAUCCAAACCACUGGAGAUUUCAAGGCGGCAAAUGGGUGCCUUGCGGCAAAGCGGACACCAAUGUACAAGGAAAUCGAGUUUAUAUGCACCCAGACUCCCCCAACACAGGAGCCCACUGGAUGCGCCAGGAAAUCUCCUUCGGGAAGCUGAAAUUGACUAACAAUAAAGGCGCCUCCAAUAACAACGGGCAGAUGGUGGUCUUGCAAUCCCUCCACAAGUACCAGCCCCGCUUGCACGUGGUGGAGGUGAACGAGGACGGCACGGAGGAUACCAGCCAGCCCGGCAGGGUGCAAACCUUCACCUUCCCGGAGACGCAGUUUAUCGCCGUCACCGCCUACCAGAACACCGAUAUCACGCAGCUGAAAAUAGAUCACAACCCUUUUGCAAAAGGCUUCCGAGAUAACUAUGACACGAUCUAUACGGGCUGCGACAUGGACCGCCUGACCCCGUCGCCCAACGACUCCCCUCGCUCGCAGAUAGUGCCGGGCGCCCGCUAUGCCAUGGCGGCCGCGGCGGCCGGCUCGUUCCUGCAGGACCAGUUCGUCAGCAACUACGCCAAGUCCCGCGGCUUCCACCACCACCACCACCACCACCCGGGGGCCGGCGCGGGAGCCGGCGUGGGCCCCGGAGGGCCAGUUCCGGAGCGGGGGGUGCCUCACCCCAACGGGCUGCUGUCUCCUCAGCAAGCCGAGGAGCCGGGCGCUCCCUCCCCUCAGCGUUGGUUCGUCACACCCGCCAACAACAGGCUGGACUUCGCCGCCGCAGCGGCAGCCUCGGCCUACGACCCGGCGGGCGAUUUGGCGGGAAACGCCGCCACCCUGUUGUCCUACGCGGCGGCCGGAGUCAAGGCGCUCCCCCUGCAGGCCGCAGGCUGCACUGCGCGGCCCCUCAGCUACUACCCGGACCCGUCGGGCUGGGGAGCGCGCAGCCCGCCUCAGUAUUGCGCCAAGGCCUUGUCGUGCUGGCCCAACGGCGGCGGAGGGAGCAGCGCCCGCGCAGGGGGAAACCCCUAUUUGCCCACAGGGGCCGGCGGCGGCGAGGAGCCUGACAGCCUGGCUCCCCCCGAGCGCUCCCCCUUGGUGGCGCCUCCGCCGCCUCCCCCCUCGGCCGGGCAGCCCCCCGAGGACUCGAAGCCCCCGAAGGACUUGUCCGACUCGAGCUGGAUCGAGACGCCGUCGUCCAUCAAGUCCAUCGACUCGACCGACUCUGGGAUUUACGAGCAGGCCAAGCGCCGGCGGCUCUCCCCGGCGGGCACGCCGGCCUCCGAGAGCUCCUCGCCGCUCAAGAGCGAGCCCGCCCUGGCGCCCAGGGACUGCGACAAGACCUGCGCCAAGGACAUCGGCUACUACGGCUUCUACUCGCACAGCUAGAGAGGCGGCCCUUUACCCUCCCUCCCACCCACCACACAUACAUACCCCUCCCCCUCCCCUCAACGGUUCUCCCUUCCCGCCAAUUCUUUCCCGCCAAGCUUCGGCGCCUGCGCGAGAGGCUGGGCGCUUAGUUAGGCGCGUUAUUCGAGCGCCUCUCUUUCUCCGGGCCUUGCGCACGCGCA